AUGGCCUUCGACAUCCCGGGUCCCAGACCACAACAAGAUGUGGGACAUGUAACAGAGCAACUGGACCCCUUUCAGGCUGCUCCGAUCUCCUUGAUGACAGAUGUUGAAAAAUCCACGACACUUCCACACGAAUCAGAGACCAACGUCGACAGAUUUGAAAUCACCUUCGACGGUCCUGCAGACAGUGCCAACCCCCUGAAUUGGUCCGCACGCACAAAAUGGACAGUAACUUCAGUCCUCGCCAUCACGGGGUUCAAUAAUAUCAUGGUCUCGACCAUAGUGGCACCCGCCAUCACAAGUAUCUCCGAAGAGCUUCGUAUGUCUUCGACGGAGCCGUACAUGGCAUACUCCAUUUACGCACUUGCUACAGCCUUCGGGCCUCUCGUCAUAGGGCCUCUAUCAGAGAUCCACGGCCGUCAGCGGGUGCUUCACGCGUCCAAUAUCUGGUUUUUGGGAUGGAACAUCGUUUGUGGCUUCGCCCAUAACAAAGGCCUGCUGAUCGCCUCGCGUUUCCUGGCCGGGUUUGGGGCAAGUUCUAUAUUUGCCCUCUCCGGUGGGGUUCUGGGCGAUAUUUGGACACCAGAAGAUCGCGGGCGGUCGCUUGGUGUCUACCUGCUUCUUCCAUUGUUUGCAGCUGCUGUCGGUCCUAUCAUAGGCGGGUUCAUAGACCAGUACACCACUUGGCGCUGGAUGUUCUGGGCCACCUCCAUCUUCCAAGCUUUCAUGUCUCUUGUGUCUUGCUUCGCAUAUCAUGAGACAUAUGUGCCCCUGAUUCUCGGCCGGCGGGCCUCGAAGCUUCGCAAAGAGACCGGGGACGCAAGGUAUCACACUGUUUAUGAACGACUCGACAGCGAACACUCUGCAGCCAUGUUGAUAUACCAUGCAUUGACGCGACCUUUGAGGCUCCUCGCUUUCCAUCCCAUCAUCCAGAUCACAUCUUUGAUCUACGCCUUCUGGUAUGGCACGCUAUACAUCGUUCUCUCCAGCUUCUCCACUCUAUGGACGUCCCAAUACGGCGAAUCAGUCUCCACCUCAGGCCUGCACUACAUCGCGUGCGCUCUCGGUGAGAUGGUCGGCGCGCAGCUCGGAGGCCCUCUAAUGGACUGGCUGUAUCGCUAUAUGGUCAACCGCUCCCCCGACAAGAAGCACAGACCCGAGUUCCGGAUCCCUUUGACUUAUCCCGGCGGACUAUUAGCACCAUUGGGCCUGUUCAUCUACGGGUGGACGUCGCAUUACCGUGUCCACUGGAUAGCAGUCGACAUUGGUGUCUUCGUCUUUAUGGCCGCUGGACAAGUCAACGGAAUGCCGCUACAGGCGUACAUCAUUGACGCCUACCCAGACCACGUCAGCAGUGCUCUUGCUGCCAGUCAGUUUUUGCGGAGUUUGACUGCUUUCCUCUUCCCGCUCUUCGUUCCUAGUAUGUACUCAACUCUGGGAUACGGAUGGGGCAACAGUCUGCUGGGAUUUGCUGGGCUAUUCUUUGGAUUGCCAGCUCCCGCAAUCUUGUGGUACUGGGGGUUAAGGCUGAGAGAAAGGGAAAAGUGGAGUCGUUGA